GGAAAUUUUUAUCCGCGUGAUCCUUUGCUGUGUUUGUGUGUUGAGGUCUUCAGCUUCUCGUCCACAAAGUGCAGAAUGAAUCAAGAGCGAAACAGAACGCCAGCUGUUUGUAAUGGCAUUCAUUCACUCCUCAUGGCCACUAAACCCAAUACCAAACGGCAAAAAUAUGACUGCAGAUACCAGGCUGUCUGGGAGAGCGAGUUCCCCUGGAUUGGCAAAUGUUGGAGCAGCCGGACCAAGGCGGUUUGCAAGUUGUGUUGCAGAAAUUUCAGCAUCAGCCAUGGUGGAAAAAAUGAUGUCAAAAAGCAUGCUAUGACCUCCAUGCAUAAGACAAAUGAGAAGGCAGAAACUUUGUCAACGUCAGUGACCUCGUCCUUCACGACACAAGCCGACGAUGCUGUCAUCAAUGCAGAGUGCUUGUUUGCAAACUUCAUAUGUGAACAUAACUUCUCUUGUAACACUGCAGACUGUUUUAUAAGGCUGUGCAAAGAGAUGUUUCCAGACAGUAAGAUUGCCAAGAAACUUCACUGUGGAAGUACAAAGACGGCACAGAUAGUUAAAGAAUCCCUUGCACCUGUCGUUAAGGAAGAGGUUGUUGAGCACUGCCAGAACCAGUCGUUUUCCUUGUCCUGUGAUGAAAGCAAUGACAGCAAAGAAGAGAAGAGUCUAGCUAUCCUUGUCAGCUCGGGCGUCGCCCCCGGCGAGGUCAGGAAGAGACAGGACUACCUGGAGUGGUCUGAAUAUUUCAUGGCUGUCGCGUUCUUAUCCGCUCAGAGGAGCAAAGAUCCGAGUUCACAGGUGGGAGCGUGCAUCGUGAAUCAGGAGAAUAAGAUUGUGGGGAUCGGCUAUAACGGGAUGCCUAAUGGCUGUGAUGAUGAUCUUUUGCCCUGGGCUCGCUCCGCUGAGGACAGACUGGACACUAAAUACCCCUACGUGUGCCAUGCUGAGAUGAACGCUAUCAUGAAUAAAAACUCGGCAGAUGUGAAAGGCUGCACUAUGUACGUCGCUCUAUUUCCCUGUAACGAGUGUGCGAAACUUAUCAUCCAAUCAGGUAUAAAAGACGUAGUUUAUUUGUCAGAUAAGUACCACAACACCCCGGAGAUGGAAGCUUCCAGAAGACUGCUGGAUAUGGCGCGUAUCCCAUACAGGCAGUUUCAGCCGAAGAGAAACAAGAUCGUUAUUGAUUUUGACUCCAUCGGUCGCUCAGUACAGCAUGAGUGUAAUGGAGGCGGCGGAAGUGCUGAAACACCGAACAACAAAAACUGAAAAUACUGAACUGAAACAUUGGCGUGAUCUGAGCUGAAAUAUUUUAGUGAUUUUAAAUCUCUCAAAUACUGAACAUCACCGAAGUCAGUUACUGAAAUUGUAUGAUGGGCGAGUAGAGAAAAACCAAACAUCAGUAUUUCAGUAAUGUUUGGUCUUUCAGCAGUCGUCACAGAAAAGUUCCAAAUACGACUAGAACACUGAAAAUUACAGAAGGAGAGAAAACUACAGGCCAGAUCUGAUCAACAUACUGUACAUGUGGACGUUCUGAAUAUUACUAAUAUACCAAACAUUAAAAAUAAUGUGAAAUACUGGAACGUGCCUAAUAGAGAGAAAUACUGAAAUUUCGGAAUCCUAUCACUGGCCUAGUCAAGAUUACUGAAAUAGUGAAAAUUACCGAGCAUAACUGAAUAAUCAAAUGAUACUGAAGUGCUGAAAUAUGAAAACAUGAGUAUUAAGUCCUAAAUACCCCAGAAAUAAAUAACUACGUUGUUGACAUGUUGUUCAGUAUAUUAACCAAAUAGUUUAAAUGCUGUAAUGAAAUUUAACGCUGAGUGAAAAUGCUUAAAUACCAGAUAUUACAUUGUUGUUACAGAAUGUACUAAAGUGCUGAAAUGUUAACUGAAACAUCAAAAGCAGUAAAUUCUACAACACUGAGUGUUACUGAAAUAAUGUAAUGAGGCAAUACGAUCAUUUAAUGAGCUGAAAAGUGAAACAAAUUUAUAGAAAUUGAGAAUAAACCCUUUUUUGGUUUUGGUUUGUCUUUGUGCUCUGGUGCAUUAUAAAGGGUGUGUUUUGCAUCUAAUACCCCUUUUCCACCAAAACAGUUCCAGGGCUGGUUCGGGGCCAGUGCUGGUGCUGGUUCACAACUCGUUCAACUUGCGAGCCAGCUGAGAACCAGUUUGCUUUUCCAUAGCUCACGGUGCUAAUGGAAGCCAUGUCAUUACGUCGCUGAAUACGUCAGUUACGUUGCUGUAUACGUCAGUUACGUUGCUACGUUUGCAUAAACCUUGGCGCGAAUAUCGAAGCAAAAACAACACGGAAGAAGCAGCAGCAGCAACAACAAUAAUAAUGGAUGACUUUGCGUUUGUACAGCUGCUGCUUCUCGUCGCUUAAAAAUGGUGAUCUUUCGCGGUCUUAUUGUUGUUGGUCUUAACAACUCCGCCCCCCUGCUGACGUAAGCAGUUCUUUCCUCUGGCCCAGCAGAGAGUUGGUGCUAGCCUGGAACCGUUUUUUCUGGCCCCAGAGCCAGUUCUUUGUCAGUAGAAACAGAAAACCCGGUUCCAAACUAAGCACUGGGCCCGAACCAGCCCUGGAACUGCUUUGGUGGAAAAGGGCAUAAGUGAACUGCAUACUUUUAUAUACAGUUUAAAAUCAGCUAAGGUUUUGUAAUAUAAUGGCUAAAUUUUCAA